AUGGCGUCAAGCUAUAGCUACGGUAUCCUAAAAUAGAGAAUCCCCACGCCCGCAGCCGUCGCCCCCAGGUGUUCUGCGCGCGGCCGGUCGGUUCCGAAGCACGUAUGAAUUUUGAAACUAUUUUUGGAAGGUGGGCCACAAAUACUCGCCACACCACCGAGUAACGGCGACUCAUUUGAACCCUGAACCACAUCCUUGACGGACCAGACAAUCAAUAUGUUUGCUGUAUCGACAAAGAGAGUUAUUGGGAGGGAGUGCGAGGCUCUGUUGAAGCAUUCUCGAUCUCUCGCCUCCACAACUUCGGCACCCGACGCGGCCGCUGCCGCAUCUACCAAGUCAAAGAUCUCCGAGAAACUCGCAAGCGGCCCAUCUUUCACAGAUUUCCUCCAAUCGAAAAUCACCACCGAAGAAUCACUAGAACUCGCCAACGAGCCCCCAACCUCAACACAAGUCAAGCGUCUCCCUCCAUGGCUCAAAACCUCCGUUCCACUCGGUACCAACUUCAACAAGAUCAAGCGUGAUUUGCGAGGUCUUAAACUGCAUACUGUGUGUGAGGAGGCACGAUGUCCGAAUAUUGGUGAUUGUUGGGGUGGAUCGGAUAAAGCCGCUGCUACGGCGACGAUUAUGUUGAUGGGUGAUACGUGUACGCGUGGGUGUCGAUUCUGUUCCGUCAAGACUUCGAAGGCGCCGGCACCGCUGGAUCCGCAUGAGCCGGAACAUACUGCGGAGGCGAUUAGGCGUUGGGGUUUGGGAUAUGUCGUUCUGACGUCGGUAGAUCGAGAUGAUCUGGCGGAUGGAGGCUCUGCGCAUUUCGCAGAGACGAUCAUGAAGAUCAAGCAACGUGCGCCGCAUAUCCUCGUCGAGGCCUUGACGGGUGAUUUCGCGGGUGACUUGACGCAGACUGCGCGUGUAGCACAGAGUGGGUUGGAUGUGUACGCACACAACAUCGAGACGGUGGAGGAGUUGACGCCCUUUGUCAGAGAUCGUCGAGCGACGUUUAGGCAGAGUUUGAGAGCGUUGGAGCAUGCGAAGAAGACUGUGCCGACGUUGAUUACGAAGACGAGUAUGAUGCUUGGUGUUGGGGAGAAUGAUGAGCAGGUCCUUGCGGCGUUGAAGGAGUUGAGAAAGGUCAAUGUUGACGUCGUUACAUUCGGACAGUACAUGCGACCAACGAAGAAGCACAUGAAGGUCCAUGAGUAUGUCACGCCGGAGAAGUUCACGCACUGGCAGAAGGUUGCGGAGGAGUUGGGUUUCUUGUACGUCGCUUCUGGACCUUUGGUCAGGAGUUCGUAUAAGGCCGGAGAGAAGUUCAUUGAGAAUGUGUUGAAAAAGAGGGGAAAGGAUAUCAGGAAGGUUACGGAGGAGGGUUUGGGUCAGUCUGAGAAGGAGCUUUUGGACAAGACGCUCGAGACGAGGGCUUAAGGGGUGUUGGGGUUAUUCAUUUCUUUUCUAUUCAUUUGGUCCAUACAUAUCAUGGCCUUCAACUGGCCUGCAGACGCCACCACGAGCAUUCAACGCUCAAUAUAUCAUUCAUUAUCAUCAUACCGUUGUAUUCUCUCAUACCCAUUUCUCAC